AUGACCACGGGCGAUGCCCCCGGAAACAUUGAAUUUUCUUCGGCGGUGCACCUUGCAUCGUCAAUCUCUUGGAGCUUGCAUCAACUUUCCACUAUCCCCGCACUCCCCCUGCCAACAAACAUCACUGCUGUCCCUGAAUACGAGAUUGUCAGUAGACUUGCACCAGCCCUACCACCCAUUCAAGUCGGUGUCAGCUUCGGAGAGGUCGAUGACAUGAUCGCGGGCAUGAUCGCGGCAACAAAUGUAUCGAGUCCUGACAAAUCUAUCGUCGGACGCCAAUCAACUCUCAGAGUCAUGGUCGUUGGCGACUCGAUCUCACAAGGCCGUGAGGGUGACUUUACCUGGCGCUAUCGUAUUUGGCAGUUCUUUAAACAGAACGGUAUCGACGUCGAGAUGGUCGGGCCUUACAAAGGAACAGUACCUCCUGAUACGCCUGCAGCACCUUCUCCACCUAUUCUUUACGGCAAGCCAGUUCCUACGAGUGCUCCAAAAACUUCUGGCGGCUAUGCGGCGGACGCGACACCUGCAGACCUCAUUCUCUUCAUGCUCGGCUUUAACGAUAUGGGAUGGUUCUACAGCGACGCUGCAGGUACUCUGGAUAGUGUCACUACCUUUGUAGCUAAUGCUCGAGCUGCGAACCCCAACGUCAAAAUUGCUAUGGCUGACGUACCACAGCGAAGUUUCAUUAGAGGCCGGGAUGACCUCGUCAAGAAUACAGAGAUAUACAACAAACUUCUUCCUGGAUACAUAUCUAAGUGGUCUACUAAGCAAUCCCCGAUUCAUCUGGUCCAACUUGCGGACAACUACAGCUGUCAACCUAGUGGUUGCUCUGCAGGUACUGACGGCUUGCACCCAAACGCCUGGGGAGAGUUUCAGAUUGCCGCUGCCUUCUCCAAGACUCUGGUCGAAGACUUUAGCCUGGUUCUCCCCAAGGUGUCACCGCAACCUGGGAUCCAGUGGCCUCUCGAAGGAUGGAUAUACACUGUCUCUGUGCGGGCUCGCUAUGGAGAUUAUUCAGUUGGCCCAUAUUCAUCGAAGCUGUCGGCGAAAGCUACUCCCAAGCUUUCCGAUCCCCCACAGAACGUAAAAGUAGAGCCUGCUGCUGAUGGAUUCACUGUAACGUGGGACCCUCCAACUGGACCGAACACCGACUCGAUCGUUGAGUACAACAUCUUGUACUGGGACUGGAACCCUGACGACUGUGAAUUCAUCACCGGUGCGGCAUUCACUAGCUCACCCGCAGUUAUCAAGGGACUCACUCCUGGGCGCAACUAUCUGAUUGCUCCCGUUACUUGGAACGAAAACGGCCAAGGGCUACCUUUCUUCGCCAACAACGCUGUGCCAGGCGCCGGAACACCGCCAGUUCCAUCAGAUCUCAAGAUUUUGUCUACAGACAGGACCAGUGUCCACAUUACAUGGACCGGAUCUGACUCCGCUGGUGGCUAUCAUGUCUGGAAUCGAAACGUCAACCAGAAAGGUAGCAAGUUCGAGAUAGUUUCCAACGUCACCGGUUCAACUUGCCUGGAUGACUUUCUACUCUUUCCGGGUACAUGGAACUAUGAGUGGUGUAUUUCUGCGUACAACGGAAACGAUGAGUCUCCACAAGGGCCGGCCAAGCUCGCCCCGUCACCCGCCUCGGGCGUUGACAAAGAUGCCUCUGCUCCAACAUGUCCUACAGCAGCGGCUUGGUGUCCCGCAGGAGCAAGUGUCUCAGUCCCGCCUGGCCAGGGUGGCACACUUCCGCCUACUGCCGGAGUUGAGACCAUCACCACCAACGGCAUGACACUUACUAUCACAACUCUGCCAGCGUCAACAGAUGAUGAUGUAACGUCGACUAUGACCACAGUCCCUCCCGGGGUAUCUCUCGAAGACUUCACGGACUUCCCGGUCAGUACCAACAUCUGGAUUACGACAACUGGGAAAGAUUCAUCUACAACUGUCGUUCCUGUGAUAUUGCCUUGCCCGAGUUGUGAACCUGUGAUAGUCUGGGACACACCUGAGAUUCCAAAGGUCAAGUUCAAGUGGCCCAAGUUUCCGGAAUUGCCCACCUUUCAUUUACCAUGCAUCAAGGUCUUUGGUAUCAAGGUUUCAGGCCAAUGUCCCAAGCCUGAAGGCCCAGCAACUAUCAACGAUGACCCUCCACCUCGUCCGAGACCCUCCGGCAGUCCGUCAUCUGAUGCAGGAGAUGACCCCUGCGAGUUUGACAUGAAAUCUGGAAUGUGUGACAACGGCAACUACCCAGUUUAUGACGCCAGCUCUAAUACUAUCAGCUGUGAUGUUCCUAGCGAUCAACUUGGCUCCAAGGUCAGCCAGUGCCAGAGUCACAUCGACAGCAAGCUAGACGCUGUGAAGGACUACUUGCAAGGGGAGAGAUCUUGUUGCCCGGCAUCCUCCAAGGCUAAGCGCCAGGAGUCUCUAGGAUUAUUCUCUUCUCUCAUCAACCGCAGUUCAGGUUCUUUCGGCUUCAGCCUAGGUAAGCGGGUAGGGGACUACUGUCCCGCUAAGAAUGAGGAUCCUAGGAGUCCGCCGACAGGUAAAUGUUAUGCCACUUACACGUGCCCGGACAAGCUCUAUCCCAAUGUCUGUGGAAACGCAAAGUCAGCCAUCAAUGUUCGGGGUGCAACAUCCAUUUUAACCCAUCAGACGGGGAGCACGUUACACGAUACAUCUCCCUGGUAUAAAGGACGUUGGAAAGCAACUGCAAGACGUCAAGGUGGUUGGAAACUUGACAAGUGCCAAGUCGAGGAGUAUCCAUUUGGGUCCGGGAAUCCCGACCGGAAAGCAAGUGGUAACUCCGUACUUCGACUCAUUCCUGGUGGGAGUUGGGAUGAUGGGUUGGAAAACCAACUGCAGGGCGCCUCUUUGAGUAGAUGGAUCAGGACAUUGGCGAAAAGAUACAACGAGUUUCAGAAGGAGCUCACAGGGACGGACCCAAAGGUUGACGCACAUGGGUUCGUCUACUGUGUCGAGUUUGAUCCUGGCUUUACCAGCUACCUGCCCGAGGACUUGGCGAGUCAGAACUUCUGCGCCACGCCAUACGGUGUGGAGUUUACUUUGGUCAAUGAUUACAAAGUCGGAGGAGUUCGGACAUGGGAUCCUUGGUUUGACGUGCCUGGAACUGACCGCAAGAAGCCCGAGCUCAUAGAAUACAACGAUCCAAACGGUGAUGUGGUGGUAACUAACCCCUCAGACGAUGACUACGCGGUGUACGCAGUUCUACCCCCACCUUAUUGCCGGUAUCCUUCACCGGGACAACAAAAAUGGGACAAACCCACUCACUCAUGGGGCCUGGAUCCAAGAUUUACAAGUUACGGAAGGAGGGAUGACAUUGCGUCCUUUCAAAGGUGCACUGAUCCUCCAGCGGAUACUGAUGGCGAUGACAGUGAUGGUGACAGGCUUUCAAAGCGCUACGAGAAUCGGACGCAAGGCAUGAUCCAACCUGAGAAGAGGACACAUGCCAGAGACCUGAUUAAUCGACAAGGCUCGUCUGGAGGCUUCCACGAUCCAAACAUCUAUCAAUGGCUAGGUUGUGGGGGUUACGAUGAUGAUAUCUUGCAAGACGCCGAUGGCGACCCCUGUGCAGACGACAGUAACCCUUGCGGGGACGGUGCAACCAACCUCGCGACGACCAAUGGCGUGCCUCAAAGCCUUGAUCCUCUUCCUGCAUCGGGCGUCAGUACUGGUGCCAUCACGUCAUGGCCGCCUCAUUACACAGCAACCGACGCCCCAUCAUAUGUCCCUUGCAGCACGCACAACGCAGAUCCUGAUGGGGGUAUAGCCAGAGGCUACUGCGUCUGCUCCGGCUCAACCUUUGCACUUUCCACUGACAGCAAUGUCACGCCCGCCAACAGAUGCGCCUACACGUCGCCUCUACCCAAGACGACAAUUUCCGUCUCCCAGCUCCCCACAGGCCCUACUGCUUCAACCCCAUCCCCAUCCCCAUCGCCUUACGUCCUGGUCAUCUACACCAGAGAGAUCGAGGUCGCAGGGCACGGAGGCGUGACGGAUACCUGGUGGUGGGACUGCAGGCCAUUUGACAAGGGCGACCAGUCAGACAGUGAUGUCUGUGCUAUCAAGGAUAACCCAAUAGCCUACAGCACCGCCAUUGGCCGAGCUUCACCAGCGCAGUAUCCAACAUCCUUGGCUACUUUUAGCCUUCACGGCCAUUCGUCUUGUUCCUACCAGGGGCCGAACACCGCGACAGUUGGUAGCGUGAUAUGUGAUGAUGGACUCACUGCCAAGUGCACGGCUGCUCCCGAAGCCUCUCAAACUUCUUUCGUUGAUUGCACUGACGGGGACGAGGUGCCAAAUGGCCUUGCAAGAGAUUUGUAA